ACAGAAUCAAUCACGGAUCCCUUCGCGACGUUCGACCACAGGACUGAGGUCGUUGAACCUUUUGAAGAAGAGGCUCAACGUGAUGUUGAAUUUCAGAAGAACAUCAGCGAACAGAUCAUAGGACUCAUGCUCGACUAUCAUGCAUGGGCGAGCACGCGCCCCACGGCAGAAAUGACACUGAAGACGACAUCUCUCGAGAAGGACAUCAACACGAUCCUCGAGUCGGAGCAGCAGCAAGGCAGGUCUAAU